AUGAACUUCCUUGAAAAUCUCUCACUCAGCAAGGAUGUCUGUCAAUUUUCCGAACUCUACAACCAUCAUGCCGGGCUAAGCCAUCCUGCAUCGAUAACUAUCGCACAUUCCCCAGUUCCGGUGUUCUCGCAAUCCAAACCAUGUUGUUUCAAUGACCUCCAUUACCCUAGUUCUUUUAUGCCGAGAGAAUACGAAUGGGAAAUUACAAAGGAGAAGUGGACGAAACAGAGUGUCGUCUAUUUGGCUGAAUGCAACAAAGGAGAUAAAUCUAACUCCGAUAACCGGCGAGAAUUUGAGCGCCAACAUCUGAUUUUUAUAACUUGGGAUGAAAGAUUAUCAGUCAAACUACUGAGUCGACAUGAGCGAAUGGCCCUACACGACUUCGACUGCGCCUAG